GUUUCCCAUUUUCCUAAUCGCCAACAUUCUGGUCGAACUUGUGUUGAAGCUUCUAUCAGCAGCUACAGCCCUAAGGCCCGAUUCGACAACUCUCUUAUCAGCGCAGCCACCGCUCGGAAUCCUAAUUUUGUGCCGAGGGCCACUAUUCCUUCCGAUUCCGACUUCCUCUGCGAGCAUAUGAGUCUUCCUGUCGAUCUUUGCAUGUCUGCAAUGUGUUUAACAGUGGGGUCUGAAUCUUUACGCAUUGACGACUUUGCUGAAUGUGAGGUAAAUCGCGCAGGUUAUCUAAUGCUAACAUCCUUUAAACAGUAA